AUUGACUACACAGGAACAGAGCCUUCUAGUCCUUGCAACAAAUGUUUAAAUGUGUCCUGGGACAGCACACCUUGUACUUGCACCAUCAAUUUCACGCUGGAACAUUCAUUUGAGAGCAAUGUGUUCAUGUAUUAUGGACUUUCCAACUUCUAUCAAAACCAUCGUCGUUAUGUGAAGUCUCGGGAUGACAGCCAACUAAAUGGAGAUAACAGCUCACUACUGAACCCCAGCAAGGAGUGCGAGCCGUACCGCAGCAGCCAGGACAGGCCCAUCGCGCCCUGCGGAGCCAUCGCCAACAGCAUGUUCAACGAUACAUUGGAAUUAUACCGCAUUGAUAAUGGCACGAGGACUCCUAUUACUUUGAUUAAAAAAGGCAUUGCAUGGUGGACAGAUAAAAACGUCAAGUUCAGGAAUCCCACAGGAGAUGGAAACAACUUAACUGCACUUUUCCAAGGCACAACAAAACCUGUGAACUGGCCCAAGCCAGUGUACAUGCUGGACUCGGAGCCCGACAACAACGGCUUCAUCAACGAGGACUUCAUCGUGUGGAUGCGCACCGCCGCCCUGCCCACCUUCCGCAAGCUGUAUCGCCUCAUCGAGAGGAAGGAUAGCUUGCAGCCUACCCUGCAGGCCGGGAAAUACUCCCUGGAUAUUGCAUACAAUUAUCCAGUACACAGUUUUGAUGGACGAAAAAGAAUGAUCCUAAGCACCAUCUCGUGGAUGGGAGGCAAAAAUCCCUUUCUGGGAAUCGCUUACAUCACUGUUGGGUCCAUAUGCUUCUUCCUGGGAGUCGUGUUGCUGAUCAUCCAUCACAAAUAUGGCAAUCGAAACACUAGUGCAGACAUUCCCAAUUAAUCUUGCAUUCUGAAAACAAAUGUACUGCAUGUGCAUCAAGGCCAGUCCAGAUUGGACCCAGUUUUUGAAAGAUAAAUCUCUGCUUCUGUCACUUCUGGGACUGGGUACAUAAUUUUUAUCUAAAGCUCGCCUCUCCCAUACUGUGGGUUGACUCUUGAAAAUGACGGGUGUACAAUUAGCUGCAUUGAUUGUAUCUCUGCCUGUGUCAGAAACACUUUUUUUUUUCUGAUAUUAGCCUCUAACUGGGCAGGCCACAUGAUGCAUGUAGCUCCUGUUCCCUUGAUGCAUCUGCUGCUUGUUCAUGUGUCGUAGAAUGUCGGUAUGAUUCAGUCCAUAGAGAUUUUGUGGAGAAAGACUGGUAAAAGAUGCUGUAAAUUGUUAACUUUCUGGAAGUCAAGCGUCAGUACUGUUGAAAGGAAAAGUCAAGUCUUAAGUGUUUUCUUUCAAUUUACUGUCUUGUGUGCAUGGGCUCUUACAUUUCUUGCUGAGAUUUUAAUAUAUUUAUAAAAGUUGUUAAAUAUUUUUCCUGUGUUCUACCCACUUCUGUAUGUUCAAUCCUUUAAGUGCUGUGUA